AGAAUAUCACAAAAAUCCAAAUCCCCAUCGUAGUAGCCAUGAGUUCGGUGGGUGUUUUUCAUAAGGUGGAAAUGGAUGAAAACCUAUAUUUUGUAUACAAAUUAACACAAACAGAUUAUCCAACCUCUUCUGGUGAAGUACUAGCCAUGGAUUCCACUGGCGACGACCAACCUCUUGAUCAACCUCUUUUUCUAUGUCCUGAUGCACGUAUCAAAUUUCACAAGCUCAAAAUACAGAGAGAGGAUGGUGAUAUUUUUGAUUAUGAUUUCAAGUUUCAUCCAUACAUUUCUUCCCCUCACUUCCCCAGCAAAAGAAGCGGUGAUCAACAAGGUGAAUCUUUGCUUGAUUGCGACGAAGAUGGUAUCUGUAAACUCCCUGUAGUCCCUCUCUUUUGGUGCAACAAUAAAGAAAGUGAUUCUCGCGAAUUCCAGUGCGGUGGAUGCAGAGAUUCAAUGCUCAGCGCUAGCUAUUAUGCAUGUCUUCAAUGUGAAAAAAAAUUCCACAAAGAAUGUGUAGAGUCUCCUCUUGAAAUCAAACACCCAACCCACCUUUUUCAUUCUCUUCGACUUUACUAUCAUCCAGCGCCUGAGUUUUGCAUUUGUUGUAAAACAGAAGUCUUCAUGAUUUUCUAUCAUUGUCUUACCUGCAAUUUGAGUAUGCAUCCAGUCUGUGCAAUGAGGAAAGUACCCUUUUUUAUUGACCAUCCAAAAAGCCAUCCCCACCCUCUCACUUUUUUCCCUACACAAGCUUCGUUAGUUUGCCAUUUUUGCGCUUUGAUUAAGAAGCUUGAUCCCACAUACAUUUGUACCAAAUGUGUCUUCGUAAUCCAUAAAGGCUGUAUCGGUUUCCCACAUGUCAUAAGAAUAUCCCGUCACACCCACCGUAUCUCUUUUACUUCUUCUCUUCCAUGUGGAAAGCUUUCUUGUGGAGUAUGUCAUCAGCAAGUGGACAACGAUUAUGGUGCAUAUUCUUGCAAGAAAUGUGAUGCUUAUUUUGUUCAUUCAAAAUGUGCAUUACAGAGACAUGUGUGGGAUGGAAAAGAUCUCGAAGAAGUGCCAGAAGAAGAUGAUAUGAUAGAUGAUGGUGAGCCGUUCAAGAGGAUAGCUGAUGGAAUAAUACUACAUCCUUUUCAUAGUCACAAUCUGCAUCUUCAGACAACUAGAGCUUAUGACGAAAAUACGUAUUGUCGAGGGUGUGCCCUUCCAAUCUACGAAGGUCAGUUCUAUUCAUGCAUUGAAAGCGACUUCAUCCUCCAUGAACAUUGUGCAAAUGCUCCACGCAUGAAGCGACAUCCCUUACAUCCACAUCCACUUACACUAGUUGUUGCCACCAGGGGACCUGGUAAUGAGGAAGGUACAUUUCAAUGUGACGCAUGUCAUCGUAAAGGUACUGGCUUCUUCUAUGAGCAUCAUACUGAUCAAGAAAACAUCUUCAUGCUAGACAUACAUUGUGCCUCUAUUUUCGAACCCUUUCAAUAUCAAGGCCAUGAACAUCCAUUAUUCCUACCUUCAGAACCAAAUAAAUGGGGAAGAUGUCAGAUGUGCACAUACGAAUACGUUAAUUUAAAUUUAAAUUGCUUGGAAUGCGAUUAUAUUUUAUGUUUCCAUUGUGCUACCUUGCCAUACAAGGUAAGGUAUAAGCAUGACAGUCAUUUUCUCAAGAUUUGUAAUGGGAAGGAGGCAAAUGAUCAAUCAUACUGGUGUGAGAUUUGUGAAGGCAAGAUAGAGGAAGGAACGGAAAGAGCGUUUUACAAUACUCCAAAGAAGGACACGUCAUUUUACAAAUGCAAUGCCUGCUGCACCACUCUUCAUCAACGGUGCUUACUUGGGAUAGAUACUUACAUGAAACCUGGAGAAACUGUAAAAGACUACCUUUCUUCAAUCAAGUAUGCAUCUGAAGGUCAAAGCAAGGAAUCAAUCACAGAUGUUCAGAUUCUUCUGAACAGUUCUCCCACCCGACCAAUUUGCACUCGAUGUCUUUGUCGUUGUCCAUUUCCAAUUUUUUUUAAAGGGCAUAACACAAUAUUUUGUUCUUGGGAUUGUGUUGAAGAUUCGGCCAUGCGAUCCUACCAACGACUUCUCUAUUCGUUUCUAUGGGGUUAAGGAGUAGCAAAGAUAAAAAAAUAAGUUGAAGGAAGUAAGGUCUAGGACCAGCCGUUGCAUCAGGAAUCUAUCACUCUGGGUUUUAUCUGGUGGCUCCUACACUCCGUACAGCCGUCUACACUUGUGUGAAGCUUAACGAUAGCGAGACCGACCCUCCUCGUCAGGUUAGGAGCUUUUGUCGUUAAGUGAGUGAGAGAGUACUUGUUUUUUUUUUUUUUUUUUUU